AUGGCAAGCGACUCCAUGGAUGGAGCGGAGAUGAAUGUGGAGAGGAUGGAGGACGGAGGUAUUUAUUUCUUUGGGUUGGACAUGGAAUGCAACAAGGAUGAGGCUGUCAGAGCAAAGGAUAUUGCUGAAAAGAAGUAUGCAUCAAUGGACUUUGAAGGGGCCAAGAGAUUUGCCCUCAAGGCUCAGGCUCUCUUUCCCACACUUGAAGGCAUUACUCAGAUGAUCACUACCUUCAGUAUAUACCUUGCUUCGAUGGUGAAGAUUGCUGGUGAGAAGGAUUGGUAUUCUAUCCUAUCUGUGCCAAUGUCCGUGGAUGAUCAGGCGCUGAAAAAACAGUAUAGGGAGAUGCUUCUUCAGACCCACCCGGAUAAGAACAAGUCAGUUGGUGCUGAUGGUGCUUUCCAUUUGGUCCAAGAGGCCUAUAAAGUGCUAUCUGACAAACAAAGAAGAGCACAGUAUGACCAAAAGAUAUUGCCACACCUGACGCCCCAGCCAAGAAAAACUAGUGCUUCUCCAGGUGUUGCCAGAAAGUUCUACAAUUUUGCAGCCAAUAAUGCUGCUGCUUCUACUGCAGGAUCAAGCAACCAAAUGGCAGGAGCAGCAGCAUCUACAGUCCGGCAGGUUCAGCCUCAGCCCACACACCAUAAGCGGGCGCCAGUUCAAUCACCAGGAAAGGACCUUGUUACAUUCUGGACUUCCUGCAACAGAUGCUACAUGCAAUACGAGUACUACAGGCAAUAUCUGAAUCUCAACCUCCGCUGCGCUGGAUGCAAUCAGGCGUUCCUAGCAACAGAGAUAGUGAUUCCAGCAACUGAGCGUGCAAAGACGACAUCUGUUGGAACUACUAAGAAGAUGAAGAAAACUAUGGCUGAAGGUCCUGCAGUUGGUUCAUCAUCCUCCGCAUAA